AAUAAUAUUUCUGUAUUAUAUUUCUGUAUACAAAGUGAAAUAAUAUAUUUUGAUAUUUUGGUUUAUAAUCAUGUCAUAUCCUUUGAAAAUUAUGGAUAUUCCAGAUUCUCUACCAUUCUUUUUUGUUCAUGGCCGAACUAUGUUCGGAAUGAAAAUGAUGAGAAAAGAAAAAACAAAUGGACACAUGGUAUAUGACUACUAUCCAUUAAAAAAGGAAGAUGCUGACAACAAAAUUAAAGAACAAAUAGAAAAAAACGAAUUUCCAGUAUUUCCACCGGGUCCGCCCAGAACAUAUAUUCGAAAUAAAACAACAUUUAUAUACAAAUCGUUAUUGUAUAAUGAAAAAAAUGGCUACUAUACUUUUGAGUAUUAUCCAUUAAAGGAUGAAGAACAAAUCGAUUCGAAUGGAGUACCUCUCGGUCAGGAAAAUGUCAUCCAGGAAGAGAAGAAAGGUAUUUCGGCAAUAAGCAUGAAUGUUAAAUACGAAACAGGACGCGAUCCUAAAGACAAUGAACUGGAAAAGGUUAUGGACAAGGGGACACAACAUAAUAGCAGCGGAUCUCCAAGUGUUAGAGGACCUGCAAACGAUGAACAACAAAUCGAUUCGAAUGGAGUACCUCUCGGUCAGGAAAAUGUCAUCCAGGAAGAGAAGAAAGAUAUUUCGGCAAUAAGCACGAAUGUUAAAUACGAAACAGGACGCGAUCCUAAAGACAAUGAACUGGAAAAUGUUAUGGACAAGGGGACACAAUAUAAUAGCAGCGGAUCUCCAAGUGUUAGAGGACCUGCAAACGAUGAACAACAAAUCGAUUCGAAUGGAGUACCUCUCGGUCAGGAAAAUGUCAUCCAGGAAGAGAAGAAAGAUAUUUCGGCAAUAAGCACGAAUGUUAAAUACGAAACAGGACGCGAUCCUAAAGACAAUGAACUGGAAAAUGUUAUGGACAAGGGGACACAACAUAAUAGCAGCGGAUCUCCAAGUGUUAGAGGACCUGCAAACGAUGAAGAACAAAUCGAUUCGAAUGGAGUACCUCUCGGUCAGGAAAAUGUCAUCCAGGAAGAGAAGAAAGAUAUUUUGACAAUAAGCACGAAAAUUAAAUACGAAACAGGACGCGAUCCUAAAGAAAAUGAUCUGAAAAAGUCAAAUCUGUAA